AUGACCAGCGUGGAGGCGGUGGCGAUGGCUUGCUGGAGCUGGCUGCCUCAAGUGGCUGCGAGCUACGUCGGGUACCUCAUGGCGCUAGCCCUGUUGGGUCCGCGGCUGGGCUUUCAGCGCGCCCUCCUCUUCAUGAAUUGGCUGCGACCUCCUUGGCAGGAUCUGCGUGUGGCUCGCUUCAUCACUCCGACGCCGCAGCAAGCAGAGCCUGACGAAGAUGUCACGAUCGAAACACCAGAUGGCCUCGCGCUAGCUGCCUGGUUUCUGCAUGCUCCUGGUGGCCCCAAUCGCCCAUACAUCCUCUUUCUUCACGGCAAUGCGGUGCGUGCGUGCCCUGGCCGCGAGAGGCUCUUCCUGGGUACACAUGAGACAUGUUCAAGGAAGCACGUGCGCCGUUUCACGGUGCAGGACUCCCGAAGACCCCUCACCGGGAACGAUGCUAACCCUAGGGCGAUCGAAGCCUCCCCUAUCGUGUUCGAGCCGUCCAAGUGCUGCGGCGCCACCUUGAUGCCCAUGUUCUCGCCAUCGACUAUCGUGGUGCGUUGGAAGGCCACUCCACUCGACCACCCUGAUGCCGGCAGGCUCAGCCAGCUCAAUAGCUUUGCUGGCCGUGUAUGCCAUUCGCAUGAUUGCUGCAUGGACCAACGCUAUUCUGGUUUGACUUAG